GGCGGAGCCCGCAGUUGCCGCCCGCCGGGUGCGGCGCCGCCAGCACCGUCUGGGCAGCGGCAGCCGCGGGAGCGCUGCUACCAUGACCUGCCUCGUCGUCCUCCCCAGACCUGCUCAUCCGGGACGGGCUCCCCAACGCCGCCGCGCCCUUUCUUCCUCCUCCUCCUCCUCCUCCUCCUCCUCCUGCUCCUGCUCCUGCUCCUUCCCGCCUCCCGCCGGGCCCGGCCGCCGCCCCCGGCCCCACCAUGCCGGGGGGCAAGCGAGGACUGGUGGCACCGCAGAACACUUUCCUGGAGAACAUCGUCCGCCGCUCCAGCGAAUCAAGUUUCUUACUGGGAAAUGCCCAGAUUGUGGAUUGGCCUGUAGUGUAUAGUAAUGACGGUUUCUGUAAACUCUCUGGCUAUCACCGAGCUGACGUGAUGCAGAAAAGUAGCACCUGCAGUUUUAUGUAUGGGGAGUUGACAGACAAGAAGACCAUUGAGAAAGUCAGGCAGACUUUUGACAACUAUGAGUCAAACUGCUUUGAAGUUCUUCUGUACAAGAAAAAUAGAACCCCGGUGUGGUUCUACAUGCAAAUCGCACCGAUAAGAAAUGAACACGAAAAGGUGGUCUUGUUCCUCUGCACUUUUAAGGAUAUUACCCUGUUCAAACAACCAAUAGAAGAUGAUUCUACAAAAGGUUGGACCAAGUUUGCCCGACUGACCCGAGCUUUGACCAAUAGCCGGAGUGUGCUGCAGCAGCUGGCACCAAUGAACAAAGCGGAGGUGGUCCACAAGCACUCGCGACUAGCUGAGGUUCUUCAGCUGGGAUCAGAUAUUCUUCCUCAGUACAAGCAAGAAGCCCCAAAGACGCCACCCCACAUUAUUUUGCACUAUUGUGCAUUCAAGACCACUUGGGACUGGGUGAUUUUGAUUCUCACCUUCUACACCGCCAUCAUGGUACCUUAUAAUGUUUCCUUCAAAACCAAGCAGAACAACAUAGCCUGGCUAGUCCUGGACAGUGUGGUGGACGUUAUUUUCUUGGUGGACAUUGUUUUAAACUUUCACACCACCUUUGUGGGUCCUGGAGGAGAAGUCAUUUCAGACCCUAAACUGAUAAGGAUGAAUUAUCUGAAAACCUGGUUUGUGAUCGAUUUGCUGUCUUGUUUACCUUAUGACAUCAUCAAUGCCUUUGAGAAUGUAGAUGAGGGCAUCAGCAGCCUCUUCAGCUCCUUGAAGGUGGUGCGGCUUUUACGCCUGGGUCGUGUCGCGCGCAAGUUGGACCAUUACCUGGAAUACGGGGCGGCCGUCCUGGUGCUCUUGGUGUGCGUGUUUGGCCUUGUGGCUCACUGGCUGGCGUGCAUAUGGUACAGCAUCGGGGACUACGAAGUCAUCGAUGAAGUCACCAAUACCAUCCAGAGAGAGAGCUGGCUCUACCAGUUGGCGCUGAGUAUCGGCACCCCCUACCGCUACAACAUCAGUGGCUCUGGGCAGUGGGAAGGCGGACCCAGCAAAGACUCGCUGUACAUAUCCUCGCUCUAUUUUACCAUGACCAGCCUUACGACGAUAGGAUUCGGAAACAUAGCUCCAACUACAGACGGGGAGAAGAUUUUUUCUGUGGCCAUGAUGAUGGUUGGCUCUCUCCUUUAUGCCACUAUUUUUGGAAACGUGACCACCAUUUUCCAGCAGAUGUACGCCAAUACCAACCGGUACCAUGAGAUGCUGAAUAACGUGCGGGACUUCCUGAAACUCUAUCAGGUCCCCAAAGGCCUCAGCGAGCGGGUCAUGGACUACAUCGUCUCCACCUGGUCCAUGUCGAAAGGCAUCGACACCGAGAAGGUCCUCUCCAUCUGCCCCAAGGACAUGAGAGCCGACAUCUGCGUCCACCUCAACCGGAAGGUCUUCAACGAGCACCCGGCCUUCCGACUGGCCAGUGACGGCUGCCUGCGCGCUCUGGCCGUGGAGUUCCAGACGAUCCACUGCGCUCCCGGGGACCUCAUCUACCACGCCGGGGAGAGUGUGGACGCCCUCUGCUUCGUGGUGUCGGGAUCCCUGGAAGUCAUUCAGGAUGAUGAGGUGGUGGCCAUUUUAGGAAAAGGUGAUUGUUUCGGCGACUUUCGGGAAACAACCCUGGCUCACGCGUGCCAUGUCCGCGCGCUGACUUACUGCGACCUGCACAUCAAGCGGGGGCCUUGCUGAGUCCUGGACUUUAUUACCGCCUUUGCCAACUCCCUUCUCCAGGAAUCUAACGCUCCUGCAAUGAGGAAGAGGAUCAUUUUCCGGAAGAUCAGCGACGUGAAGAGAGAGGAGGAGCGGCUGCGGCAGAAGAACGAGGUGACCCUGAGCAUCCCCGUGGACCACCCCGUCCGGAAGCUGUUCCAGAAGUUCAAACAGCAGAAGGAGCUGCGGACGGCUGCUCCCAGCACGGCGGCCCGGACCGCGACGGGCCCCGGGGGGAGGCCCCGCGCCCUGCGGAACGGCGGCGCCCUCCCCCGUCCCCGGGCACCAGCGUGGUCACCGUGCGCAGACACGCCCAUCCAGACCUCGCUGGCCUACGUGAAGGCCAGCGAGACCGGGCAGCCGAACAACCGGCAGGCGCCGAGCCCAGGGCGGCGGCGGGGCCCCGAUCCCAAGCGGCCCCGUGGCGGGGGCGGCAGCCCCCUGCCGAAGAACGCAACGGGCGGGCUUGGCUUCGCCCUGAAGAACCCCUCGGCCGUCUCGGAGGAGAAGCGGGACGACUGGAACAACGUCACCAAGGCGGAGUCCAUGGGGCUGCUGGCGGACGAACGCCCCGCCGGCGACCCCGGCCCCACCAAAAACCCGCUGCGGAAGGCCGACUCCUGCGACAGCGGGAUAACCAAGAGCGACCUGCGCCUGGACAAGGCCGGGGAGGCGCGCAGCCCCCUGGAGCGCAGCCCCGUGCAGGCCGACGCCGCCCUCCCCUGCUGCCCCAUCCCCGAGCAGGUGCUGCACGCGUCCUGCAGGAGGCCCGGCCGAGCUGCGCGAGGACCUGCAGGGCUGAGCGGCCGCAUGACCGCGCUGGAAGCAGCAGGUGCGGAGAUCUUGAAGAUCCUGUCGGGAGAAGCGCGGGCCCCGCGCCUCGCCCCGCCGGGCCCCGGAGCCCCCGCCGCCCCCAGCCCCCCGCACACCCCCCGCCGGGACAUUUUCAGCGUCUCCAGGCCCGGCUCGCCUGAACCGGGAAAAGGACGAGAUCCGCUUUAA